AUGAAACUCGCCAACCUGGCCUGCGUUGAAACUCCUCUCGUCUCCACCGCCUGGCAGGAUUUUGGCUACUUCUCCUUCUUCUCCUUCCUCCUCACACUCUCUCGUCCCCUUCUCCCCUCCUCCCAGUGUUCCGACACGACCAUGCCCCCCUUCCCAAGAGGGCAAUCUCUUCACCAACCCCAGCAUAGCGAACGACACCUCGGACUGGCAGGGUUUCGGUGUUCCAACACGCCCACGCCCCCCGCCCAGGAGGGAAAUCUCUUCACCAACCCCAGCAUAGCGAACGGCACCACUGGCUGGCAAGGCUUUGGGUACGCGCCGAUUAAAGCCAUGGUCAACGCGACAGCGCCCACGCCCUACUCGUACCUGGUGGUAUACAACCGCUCGUACACGUAUGCGGGGCCCAAGCAGAGCGUGCGGGACGUGCCUGCGGCGGCUUACGAGCUGGCGAUCUGGGUGAAGCUGGACGCGGGGGAGCGGCAGUACGUCACUGCAUCGGCCAAGAUCAACAACAAGUAUUUGUGCAUCGGAGGGGCGAACGCACGGUCCACGUGCUGGACGAAAUUAACGGGGGGAUUUACCCUGCACAAGCCGGCCGCUGAGGUGGCGGUGUAUGUGCAGGGCGCAGCGGUGGGGACCCAGAUCUGGGUGACGUCAGCAUCGCUUCUGAAAGUGGAUAUGAACAUGUGGCGGAGCCGACAGAACGAGAACAUUAAGAAGUACCGCAUGCGGCCUGUGCGGCUGUCAAUUCAAGGGCUGGGGCUUGGCCUGGUGCCGGCACGUGUGCAGAUCGACCAGGUCUCUUCAGAUUUCCCCUUUGGCGCCAAUGUGAACGGUGCAAUUCUAUACGACACAGCGUACCAAGAGUGGUUCCUCAACCGAUUCAACUGGGCAGUGUUCAACAACGAGGGCAAGUGGUAUUUCAACGAGAGGAGGGAGGGAGUAGAGGACUACAAUGUGACAGAUGCGCUGGUGGAUUGGUUCAUCCAGAGGAACGUGAGCGUGCGCGGUCACAACAUCUUCUGGGCUGUUGAGAAGUUUGUUCAAACAUGGGUCAAGAAUCUAAACGACACUGCUCUAUGGGCAGCCAUGCAACGACGCAUGGCCAGUGCGGUCACCCGCUAUCAAGGCAAGGUGCAGCACUGGGAUGUCAUCAACGAGCCUCUGCAUGGCAACUACUACGGGCAGCGCCUGGGGGAGGACAUUCACUCGUGGAUGUUCAAGGCCGCGCGGGCGAUUGAUCCGAAUGUGCGGCUGUUUCUGAAUGAUUAUAACACGGUGGAGCAGUGUGACCGAGGGGCCAACCCAGAGGUGUACCUCGAGAAGGUGUGGAAUCUCAACGCAACUGGGGCGCCAGUCACAGGCAUAGGCGUCGAGGCUCAUUACAGUGGAGAGCCGCAGCUGGUUCGCUUGAAGCACGACCUGAAUCGCCUGGCAAUGGCCAAACUCCCCAUCUGGCUGACAGAGCUCGAUUUCAGCGAGGUGGAGUCGGAUGAACAACGAGCCGACUAUCUCGAGGCGGUGAUGCGGGAGGCCUUCUCGCAUCCCUCGGUGGCGGGCAUGGUGCUGUGGUCGGCAGGGCGGUCCACGUGCGAGUUCUACAAGGACAUUGACUCGGGCAUGUGCAACGCCUGUGACGCUUGCCUGGCGGAUUCAAGCUUCACAGAUAACGAGGCGGGGAAAAGGUGA